UCUCGUUAUUAUGUGGUUUUAUUGAUGUUUUUUGUUUAGUUGAAAACCUCUUGCAUUUUGUAUUAUAGUUUUUUUCGAAAAUAUUACUUGCAAAUCAAUUUAUAAAUUUAAGAUGCUUAAGUCCGAAGUUCAACAUCAAUUUUGGAUUACUAAAAAAACUGUUCAACGAAAGCUUGGUUCGAAAGAAGAUGAGCAUAUAGUUUCAUCAGAUGCUGGAUUGGAUUCGAAGAUUGCUCUAUUAAAGUCUAUAUCAGAGACAUGCUUACAGCUUAAUAAAAUUUUGGAACAAUUCCAGGAAAGGCUUUGCACAUUGUCACAGGAAGAAUGCGCAUUUGGUAGAUUUUUAAAAGAAAUCGGUAAACGUAGUAAGACGACUGGAUCAAGCAUCAUCAAUUCCGGGAAAGCAAUUUACUUUUGUGGACAACAACGGAUGUCAGUUAGAGUGCCACUUUUACGGCUCCACCAUGAAGUUGAUAUUUUCAGAUGUAGGGCUAUUAGUGAUACUGUUACUACCAUGAAGUAUAUGGAAAAGGAACGAACCGAAUAUCGGGCAGCUCUUUCUUGGAUGAAAUCACUAAGCAUGCAAUUGGAUCCCGACAACGGAAAAGGACUUGAUAAAUUUCGACGCGCACAAUCAGCUGUGCGUAUUGGAAAAGAUAAUUUUGAUAAGUUGUCAAUGGAUUGUAUUCAAAAGAUAGACCUAUUGGCUGCAGCUAGAUGUAAUAUGUUUUCACAUUGCCUCGUUGCGUACAUGACUGCAAUUCUUCAAUUUUCUAAAAAAUCUAAAUCAACCUUUGAGGCUGUUGCACAAGCUCUGGUUUCGAACCCGCGGUAUGAUUUCUGUGUUCUCAAAGAACUUUCUCAAAAUAUCGAAUCUAUUCAAAUUCAAACUGAUGACACUGAUCAAUCAAUGUUUUUUUCGAGUGAUUUCAAAGACACGCUGACCGACUCACCUGCAGGAAAAACAAUUGAACAUACGACGGAAAAUAUGCUAUUGGAAGAUUUUAACAAUACAUCAAGUUUCGAAAAUAAUUGGUUUGGUGAUAUCGAAAUUGACAAAUACAUUACUGAUAUACAUAAUCCACAUUCGCCAUCAAUCAAAACAGAAUCUUAUACAAAAUGUCAAAGAGAUACAAAUUUGUCUAAAAAUGAGACGAAAGCUUCCUUCCAGAAAUCAGACGAAAAGGACAGUGUAUCAAAUUGGUUUAAUUUAUUUUCUGAACUUGAUCCAUUUGAAAAUCCGCAGUCAUUUGAUUUAAAGUUGUAUACAAAAUCAAACUCUCAACAAACUUAAAAUGUGUGUAAUUGUAACAGAUUCGUGUACAAGCGGAUCGUUUAAGAAAUAAUCUAUGUAUGUUUGUGUGUAUGUAUUUAUUUGUAUAUGUGUUAAGGAGUGCCAAAAAAACAAUGUAUUACAUGAUUGAUCUCAAACUUUUUGGCAGAGAAUACUAUCUUAUGGAUCCUAAAAUAUGUUGUCAUUAUAAUGUCAUUUAAAAGUUACGGAUAAUUCCAAUAUAAAGUAUAUGCAAGAGAA